AUGACUAUCUCCUCCCAACUUACUCCAUAUCUCUUUCAUCCACAACAGUAUGAAGAGAGAGACAUAGACAGACUGUCUGUCACUCUUCAUGCCUGCCAGUCUGUCCGUCACUCACUCUUCAUGCCUGCCAGUCUGCCCGUCACUCACUCUUCAUGCCUGCCAGUCUGCCCGUCACUCACUCUUCAUGCCUGCCAGUCUGCCCGUCACUCACUCUUCAUGCCUGCCAGUCUGCCCGUCACUCACUCUUCAUGCCUGCCAGUCUGUCCGUCACUCACUCUUCAUGCCUGCCAGUCUGCCCGUCACUCACUCUUCAUGCCUGCCAGUCUGCCCGUCACUCACUCUUCAUGCCUGCCAGUCUGCCCGUCACUCACUCUUCAUGCCUGCCAGUCUGUCCGUCGUCACUCUUCAUGCCUGCCUUCCCGUCAUGCCCUGCCAGUCUGUCCGUCACUCACUCUUCAUGCCUGCCAGUCUGCCCGUCACUCACUUUCAUGCCUGCCAGUCUGUCCGUCACUCACUCUUCAUGCCUGCCAGUCUGCCCGUCACUCACUCUUCAUGCCUGCCAGUCUGCCCGUCCUCACUCUUCAUGCCUGCCAGUCUGCCCGUCAGCCUCCAGUCCCGUCCUCACUUCUUCAUCUGCCCGCCAGUCUUCAUGCCUGCCAGUCUGCCCGUCACUCACUCUUCAUGCCUGCCAGUCUGUCCGUCACUCACUCUUCAUGCCUGCCAGUCUGUCCGUCACUCACUCUUCAUGCCUGCCAGUCUGUCCGUCACUCACUCUUCAUGCCUGCCAGUCUGCCCGUCACUCACGCUUCAUGCCUGCCAGUCUGUCCGUCACUCACUCUUCAUGCCUGCCAGUAUCUCUUCAUAUAUAUUCAUCUAUGA